CAAGGCACCCUUUAAAAUUAUGGACAGUCCUGAGGCACACCUUUAAAAUUAUGGACAGUCUUGAGACACCCCAUUUUAGAAUGGGGUGCCUCAAGACUGUCCAUAAUUUUAAAGGGUACCUCGGGACUGUCCAUAAUUGUAAAAGGGCACCCCAUUCUAAAUGAGAAAAACUAUUCUAAUAGUUUAAUAUAAUGCAGCAACAUCCACACACAUAGGACACCCAACGCACCCUUUAAAAUUAUGGACAGUCCCCAGGCACCCUUUGAAAUUAUGGACAGUCCUGAGGUACCCUUUAAAAUUAUGGACAGUCUUGAGGCAUCCUUUAAAAUUAUGGACAGUCCCCAGGCACCCUUUAAAAUUAUGGACAGUCUUGAGGCACCCUUUAAAAUUAUGGACAGUCCCGAGGCACCCUUUAAAAUUAUGGUCAGUCUUGAGGCACCCCAUUCUAAAAUG